GCUACACUCUGACAAACCCACCCGGGCCUCUCUGCCGAGUGAACCACGGGCUCCGGGGUCUGACUGCUGGCUUCUCCCUGAGCGGGACUGACAGCCACAGGACCGUCUGUCUGCCUGCCUGCCGGCCUGGCCACCAGCCGCUUUGCUUGACUUCCCCCAUCUGUCUGUCUGCCUGCCUGAUCAGCCCUUGUCGCCGUGUGUCCCCUCCCUGGUGCAGCCGAUUGGUCUCUUACCUCAGCCUCUGCCUUCUGAUCUCUCUGGGAUGUGACCGGCCUUUGCCCCAUGCUGGCUCCCUCUGUGUGGCCCGCCUGCCUGGAGCCUGGCUGCCAUCCCUCAGGGUGACAGGUCCUAUGCUUGUCUGGCUGGUGACUCCGGGCCAGGCUGUGGAUCCCCACCCCCUAACCCUGCCUGUUCCUGCUAACUCUCGUCCCCCACCCCCACGCCGAGCCUAACUGCUACCCCCUGGGAGCCCACUGGAUUGCCCUGAGCACACAGAAUGGAUUUCUGAGGGAGAAGCUGGAACAGCAGGCCCAAUCCCCGCCAAGUCCCACUGGAGAUGAUGAUUGACCUGACACACUCAACAUUCCUGUUCCUGAAUCAUCCUUGAGGGAAAGAAGACACCGGGAUCCCGAGAGCCAGCAUGCCUUGCGGCUCAGUGGCCUCUCUGCUCCUGCUCCUGCUCCAGGGUGCCUGGGGUUGCCUAGACCUCGUCUGCUACACGGAUUACUUACAAACAGUCACCUGCACCCUGGAAACCAGGACCCUCCCCCUCGGUGUGCUCACCCUCACAUGGCAAGACCCAUACGGAGACCUGGAGGAUGAGGUCACCUCCUGCAGCCUCCUCUGGUCCGCCCACAACGCCACGCAUGCCAAGUACACGUGCCAUAUGGAUGUGUUUCACUUCAUGGCCGACGACAUUUUCAGUGUCAAUGUCACAGACCAGUCCGGAAGUUACUCCCAGGAGUGCGGCAGCUUCCUCCUGGCUAAGAGCAUCAAGCCGUCCCCGCCUUUCAACGUGACCGUGACCUUCUCAGGACAUUAUAACAUCUCCUGGAGCUCCAGCUACGAUUCCUAUGCGCUGAAGGGCAAGCUGCAGUAUGAGCUGAGAUACAGGAAGCGGGGAGGACCCUGGGCCCCGCAGCGUCCAAGGAUCAAGCUGAUCUCCGUGGACUCGAGAAGCGUCUCUCUCCAUCCCUCGGAGUUCCUGAGCGAUGCGAGCUAUGAGCUGCAGGUGCGCGCAGGGCCCCAGCCCGGCUCCUCCUUCCAGGGGACCUGGAGCGAGUGGAGUGACCCGGUCACCUUUCACACCCAGCCGGGGGAAGAGAUCAAGGGAGGCUGGCAACCUUCCUUGCUCUACCUCCUCCUGGUCGUCAUACUCCCCAUCCUCGUCUUCUUAGGCCUGAAGAUCCACCUGCCUUGGAGGCUGUGGAAGAAGGUGUGGGGGCAUGUGCCCAACCCACAGAAGUUCUUCCAGCCCCUGUAUGUGGGCCACAGUGGAGACUUCAAGAAAUGGGUGGGCGCCCCCUUCACUGCCUCCAGCCUGGAGCUGGGACCCCGGAGCCCCGAGGUGCUUUCGUCCCUGGCGAUGCACAACCAUUGCCCGCCGCAGAGCAGCACCAAGGGGCCGCAGUCCAUGCAGCUGCCCGAGCCCCCCCACCUGGUGGGAGCUGACGGGGUGCCUGAGCCAGGCUCCUGGGGCCCGGCCUGCUCCCCUAUCGGCAGUGUGGGUGGCUCGGCUUACAGCCAGGAGAGGGACCGACCGUAUGGUGUGCUGGUGUCCAUUAACACCGUGACCGUAGCAGACAUGGAGGGCCCGUGUGCCUGGUCCUGCACCUGUGGGGAUGACGGAUACCCGGCCCUGAACUUGGACGCCAGCCUGGAGCCCGGCUCGGGCACUGAGGACCCGCUCCUGGACCCUGGGACCACAGUCCUCUCCUGUGGCUGUGUCUCGGCAGGUGGCCUUGCCGGGCCAGGAGGGCCUAUGGGCAGCCUCCUGGACAGGCUGAAGCUGCCUCUUGAUGAGGAGGCGGGCUGGACCCCAGGGCCACUGUGGAGUGGCGGGCCCCCCAGAGAGGCAUCUGACAGCGAAGUAGGCUCGCCUCCCGCCGGCCUGGACAUGGACACUUUCGACAGUGGCUUCGCGGGCUCUGACUGCGGCAGCCCUGUGGAGUGUGACUUCACCAGCCCCAGGGACGAAGGGCCCCCCCGGAGCUACCUCCGCCAGUGGGUGGUCAUGGCGCCUCCGCCCGAGGGACCCGGGCCCCAGGCCAGCCAGUGAGGCUGACCCGCAGUCCGGAGCUGGCCGAGCCAUUCCGCUUGGAGUCAGAGCUGUGCUCACCUGGGCCGUGGGGUGAAGGGGCCUGCGACCUUUGUGCCCCCAGAUGAGGCCCCUGAGCCCAGUUGACACCUGGUGUGCCUGUGUGAUCCCGGAGCACACGGGUGUGUCCGUGUGCGUGAGCAGCACACAUGCGCAUGGGCGCAGAGACGAGACGCAUGUGUGUCUGGGACCGUGUGCACACCAUGACAGCCGUGGACUGUUCCCGACGUGGGGAGGCCCCGGGGUCGUGAGAGGCUGGUUCAGUGUCAUCCGUGGGGCCUGCUAGCAUCAGUCCCUGCCCUGCAGGUCCUGCCUCCAAGAACCGUGAGAAGUCCCCAGGGGUCCUUUUCACUUCUCAGGGGAAGGGGAUGGAGUGAGCCUGCGGUGACCCUGGGUGUGUGAAGGUUUGUGGGGGCCUGUGGACUGAGGUCUGAAUCCCAACUGUGAUGCCCCUGGGCUGUACCACCUUGGGCAAGCCCCUUCCCCUCUCUGGGCUGGAGUUUCCUAUCUGGACAAGGCGGGGUGGGGGGGCACGGGGAGCACGACCCACUUUGGGGAGAAAUUGGUGAGGUCACCCACUGUACAGGCUGGGACCAAGCAGACCGUCAAUAAAUUCAGCUUCCUUCCUUCUGGGGCCCAGA